AUGCCGCAUGGAAAAUCAAGUCAGAUCUAUGUCAACACUGAUUAUCCUAGUAAGUUUUGCACCGUGAUAAGCUUGCUUUAAUUUUCAGAAAUCUUUAACGAAACUUUAAAAAAUAUAGUAAACAGUGCUGUAACUUCCUAGCCAAAACUCCUGUAUACCGAACACCUCUAUAAUGAAAGUACUUUCAGUGUUCCAAGACAUUCACGUUAUGGUGAUGGUUGGUUUUGGAUUUUUAAUGUCAUUUCUUAAACGAUAUGGUUUUUCAUCGAUAUCUAUCAACUUAUUAUUAUCAGCGUUUGUCAUGCAAUAUGUUAUGAUCCUGAGAGGAUUUUUGAGCCAUGACUUUGUUACCACUGGCUUGUUUAAAAUUUCUAUCAAUGAGUGAGUUUACUUUGAUACGAGACUUAAGCUGAGCUCUAGGAGUGAGGAACGGCCGGGCUGGCUUUAAGCUAAAUUUAGGUCUGUCCGGACUUGAGGUAAAAAUGAAAACGGGCCGGGCCUCAAAAAGAACCCCCCCCCCCCAGAAAAAAAAUUUUUGAAAAAAUUGAACUUGGUCCCCCCUGUGGAUUUUUUCAAACACCGCCCCCAGACCAAAAGUCCCUGUCCGGCACUGGUCGGGUCAACUCAAAAGCAAACUGAAAUAUACUGAAUUGUCUUUCAAAUAAUAUUUUCCAGUUUAAUCCACGCAGACUUAUCAUGUGUAGUAGUACUAAUCAGCAUGGGCGUCCUACUCGGCCGCUUAACUCCAAUACAAUUUCUUUUUCUGGCUUUUCUAGAAACUUCAUUUGCGACCCUACUAGAACAUAUCUUAUUCACAAUUCUUCACGUUAACGACAGUGGCCGUGCUUUGAUCGUACACUGUUUUGGAGCCUAUUUCGGGCUUACUGUAGCCAAAGUCUGUGAACGUAGCACAUUAUCUGAAACUGAUACUCAAAGUGGGUACCUCGAACACUCGGAGCUAUUUUCUAUGAUUGGUACUCUAUUCUUGUGGAUCUUCUUCCCUAGCUUUAAUGGUGCUACACAGGUUACUGAAGAUGCGCGAUACAGAGCCAUUAUGAACACUUAUUUAGCUAUGGCUUCGUGUACUUUAGUGACGUUUAUGACAUCAAGUUUGAGUGAUCAAAUGGGAAGGUUUAACAUGUUGCACAUACAAUCUUCGACCUUAUCUGGAGGUGUUGCUAUUGGGUCCGUUGCUAAUGUGGUGUUGUACCCUCAUCAUGCAUUGUUAGUCGGGACUUUGGCUGGGCUGGUUAGUGUUGUGGGGCAUGUGUUUAUUACGGUAGGUAUUUAAUGACGUUGCAUAGUAUAGUAUAAUAUAGUAUAGUAUAGUAUAGUAUAGUAUAGUAUAGUAUAGUAUAGUAUAGUAUAUGCAAAAAUUUUUCUAAAUUUAAAAAAAUAAAUUUACUUUGAAAAGGAGCACAGAAUUAUUUGAACAAUACAUAUAACAUUAAUAACGUCCCAAGUUUUUAGCCAAAGCUACUAGAAAAACGUUUUCAACUAUACGACACCUGUGGCGUUCACAAUCUGCAUGGUCUACCUAGCUUAAUAUCAGGCUUUUGCGGGGUUUAUCUUGUACUACAUUACCAGCCGGAAGAAUAUGCAGAGAAGUAAGAAAAUUGCUUCAAAAAGUAAUUUUAAAUCUUUGUAAGAAAAAUAAGCCUAAAAUAAUUCUUUUGUUACAGUAUCCACACAAUCUACCCAUUUUGGAAGGGUGGUAGCAUGGAAGGUGCUAAUCGUGACAAAUAUAUUCAAGCUGGCUAUCAAUUGAUGGGAAUGUUCAUAACAUUGGCUGUAGCAGUAUUUGGAGGAAUUAUUACUGGUUUCAUUUUAAACCGAAAAAUUUUGAACAAGGUUCAGUUAAAUAUCCCUAGCUUUGCUGACACUAAUUACUAUGUUAAUGCUAAGUUUUCGUUACUUGGGAAUGUAAGUUGAAACAACAAUACCCUAUCCUACCCUACCCUGACUUUCACAACCUACCCCACGUUUUAACAAACUCCUUUCAGUCAGAAGUAAGAACCCCUCUACCACUAUACCACUCAACACAGACGGCUAGAAUUCGAACUACAAGUGAAAAUAACAAUGGCAAUAUUCCUUCAAUGAUUCCACCAGAAAAGGCGUUUUUCUAA